UUGGCUGCGGCUGCCAGAGCCUGGCUGCGGGCGGGGAAGGAGGAAGUGCUCGCUCCGCGCGGCGGGCGGGCGCAGCGUGAGACAGCACAUCCUGCCCGCGCCCGGCCCGCCGCUGCCGCUCUUCCCUACCGCAGCCCGCCCGGCCCGCCGCCGCCUACGCUCCGAGUGCCGCUCGGCCGCCGGGCGCAUCCAGGAAACCAACAUGUCUGACAAAAGUGAUUUAAAGGCUGAACUAGAGCGUAAAAAACAACGCUUAGCACAGAUAAGAGAAGAAAAGAAGAGAAAAGAAGAAGAGAGGAAAAAGAAAGAGGCUGAUAUGCAACAAAAGAAAGAACCUGUUCAGGAUGAUUCUGAUUUGGAUCGCAAACGCCGAGAGACAGAGGCCUUGCUUCAAAGUAUUGGUAUAUCACCUUCCCAACCCCUAUGUCUCCCUCCUCGAAAUCAGUGAGCACUCCUAGUGAAUGCUGGAAGCCAAGACUCAGGAGAUCUAGGACCAUUAUUAACAAGGACCCUUCAGUGGGACACAGACCCCUCAGUGCUCCAGCUGCAGUCAGACUCAGAACUUGGGCGAAGACUGCAUAAAUUGGGCGUGUCGAAGGUUACACAAGUGGAUUUCCUGCCCAGGGAAGUAGUAUCCUACUCUAAGGAGACACAGACACCACUGGCCACACAUCAGUCUGAAGAUGAUGAGGAUGAUGAUGAAAUGGUAGAACCAAAACUUGGUCAUGAUUCUGAACUGGUAAAUCAAGACAAAAAACAGGAAGUAAAGGAAGCCCCUCCAAGGGAACUAACAGAAGAAGAAAAACAGCAGAUCCUUCAUUCAGAGGAAUUUCUCAUCUUUUUUGAUCGGACAAUAAGAGUAAUUGAAAGAGCACUGGCAGAAGACUCUGACAUCUUCUUUGACUAUAGUGGUCGAGAAUUAGAGGAAAAAGAUGGAGAUAUCCAGGCUGGAGCCAACCUUUCUUUCAAUCGUCAGUUCUAUGAUGAACAUUGGUCCAAGCACCGAGUAGUCACUUGUAUGGACUGGUCUCUCCAGUACCCUGAGCUGAUGGUUGCUUCCUACAACAACAAUGAAGAUGCUCCCCAUGAACCAGACGGAGUGGCCUUGGUUUGGAACAUGAAGUUUAAGAAAACCACACCUGAAUAUAUCUUCCACUGUCAGUCAUCUGUAAUGUCAGUCUGCUUUGCUCGUUUCCAUCCCAACCUGGUUGUUGGUGGGACUUAUUCAGGCCAGAUUGUCCUGUGGGACAACCGCAGUCAUCGAAGAACACCAGUGCAGAGAACACCUCUAUCAGCCGCAGCACACACACAUCCCGUGUAUUGUGUAAAUGUUGUUGGGACCCAGAAUGCUCACAAUCUCAUCACUGUAUCCACUGAUGGUAAAAUGUGUUCCUGGAGCCUGGAUAUGCUCUCAACUCCACAGGAGAGCAUGGAGCUGGUAUACAAUAAGUCCAAACCUGUGGCAGUUACCGGAAUGGCUUUCCCGACAGGAGACGUCAAUAACUUUGUGGUUGGCAGCGAGGAGGGAACAGUCUACACGGCCUGUCGUCAUGGAAGCAAAGCAGGGAUUGGAGAGGUCUUCGAAGGUCAUCAAGGGCCAGUGACAGGAAUUAACUGCCACAUGGCUGUGGGUCCUAUUGACUUUUCACACCUGUUUGUCACAUCAUCAUUUGACUGGACUGUUAAACUGUGGACCACAAAGCACAACAAGCCGCUCUACUCCUUUGAAGACAAUGCAGACUAUGUAUACGAUGUCAUGUGGUCCCCCGUGCAUCCCGCGCUCUUUGCCUGCGUGGACGGGAUGGGGCGCCUGGACCUCUGGAACCUCAACAAUGACACUGAGGUUCCAACAGCAAGUGUGGCCAUUGAGGGGGCAUCUGCCCUAAACAGAGUUCGCUGGGCUCAAGCUGGCAAAGAAGUUGCAGUUGGGGACUCGGAAGGCCGUAUUUGGAUCUAUGAUGUUGGAGAGCUUGCUGUUCCCCACAAUGAUGAAUGGACCCGGUUUGCCAGAACCCUUGUGGAGAUUCGUGCAAACAGAGCUGAUUGUGAAGAAGAAGGCACCAUGGAAUUAUCUGCCUAGUGGGAAUGUGCUGCCCUCAUCACAGUUCCCACAUUCACAUUCUAGAAUCCAACGUCCCUUUGCAGUUCAGUUUGCUCAUAUUCAGUGUCCAUUCAGUAUCAGUAUUGCCAGUAUACACAGUUUGGGUGCUAUGUUGUGCCAGCUAUGCUCCAAGUAUAUAUUACAAAUGUUGUAUCUUACUCUGAUCUCCACUGACCUGAAAUUCACCAGAGCAUUUAUAUCUUUAUAUUUCUGUCUCAAAAACUAAAUGGGUUGGAGGCAGAAGCCAUUAUGGAUUUAGUUGUUGCUUUUUAACUGUUUAGUAGCUGAAUUUAGUAGCUGAAAACCUCUGGUUAAAUUUGUGCUUACAUGCAGUUCUGGCAUAGUCCUAUUAAAUCCAUAUGAAGCCAGAUAUGAUUAGGUACAGAUGUGGUGUGCCUCAUGAUAUGGUACAGGGCCAAAGACUUGAGAUGUGGUGUUUUACAUGGUGACUCACAUUAUGAAUGGAUUUACUAGAAGAACAUUGCUGCUCCUUAUUUAUUGUGGUGUGCUGCAUGGAACAUAUUUAUUUGAGAGCAUUAAAAUAAACGAUCUUAGAGCAUGUGUAUAA